AGCUUGUACUGUUUUGCUUUGCGGGUUUACCUUACCGGGGGAUGCCAGCAAAUAUUAUGCGGCAGCUUUUGUUUUGCCCAGAGCUGUCCUUGAAUAGCUAAGCCUUUGUGUCUGCUAAUGGUUACUGCCUGAUGUGUGGGGAAGCUAACUGCAGUUAGCUUCACAGACUCAUGUAGCUUCAGUUUGUAAUACAAACAGAUGUGCAGAAAUGGUUGACUACAUUCAGUCGAGUGUCUCUCGUGGGUCACUUCUUUAAAAGCUGAGAAGGUUCGUGGCAAAUGAGUAACACAUGUCUUUGUACUUAGCAAAGUUACCAUAACCGUAACUAGUCAGCGAUCCGUCUGGCUUUAAAUGACUCGCAAAUGUUUAUGGCUUUUACAAGAAUUACUAAGUGUUUUUGUUCCAGUGUUGGUUUGCUUAAAACACUUGUAAUCUCAGCCGCUGCAGGCUGGGAACCCCUCACGAAAGCUAAUCUUUUGGAAAUGCUCUGAUUCAAAAGUCUAGGCAUCACCAUGUGUCCCUCGUUAGACUUGCUUAGGUCCGUUUCUCUUGCUCUGAACACAGCCAGGUAGAGGACAGAAAGUUCACCUGGUUCCAAACUCAACAGACGCCAGGACCAAGAGAUAAUCCGCGUUAUUCACUUCUUCCUGAAUGUUGCACAUGCUACUAAAAUAUAAACAUUGUGUGAUUGCAAAGUCAGUCUACUCCAAUACAAAUACAUCCAGAUCUGAAACAGCAACCAUGAGCAGCCUGGACGGAUACCAGCGAUUUUAUUCUAGUUGCCGUGACAAACCUACCGUCACCGGUGAUUUAUCAGACGUCCACGAGCUCGCCAAGGAGCCUCUCCAGGGGCUGAAAUUGGCAUCACAUGCAGUGCUGGACACAGCCCAGCAAAGAGGCAGGUUGAAGUGCUCUAAAUGCGGAGGGUCGAGGAUGUUCUUCUGCUACACAUGCUGCUCAUUAGUGGGUGUCAACAUGCAAGAAAUUCCCGUAAUCAAGCUCCCUGUGAAGAUAGACAUCAUCAAGCAUCCGAAUGAAACAGACGGGAAGAGCACGGCAGUCCACGCCAAGAUUCUUGCACCCAACGACGUCACAAUGUAUACCUACCCCUGCAUUCCUGAGUUUGAAAAAGACAAGGUAGUGUUGGUGUUCCCAGGCCCAGGGGCUGUUUCAGUUCAAGAAAUGAUCCAGUGUUUACGUGACGGGAGUAAAAACAGGUCGGGAGACCCCUUUGAGAAACCCUGUCUUAAGAGGAUGAAAGGUGAAGCUCACGCUGCCACAAACUCUGCUAAGGACGCACAGUCGGGGACCCCAGAUGAAGCUCAGAGCUCAGAGUCAAGAGUGUACCCUUUACAGAGGGUGGUCUUCAUCGACAGCACCUGGAACCAGACCAACAAGAUCAGCACAGACGAAAGGCUUGAAGGUUUGCUCAAGGUGGAACUGAAGUCGAGAAAAACUUGUUUCUGGCGGAGCCAGAGAGGCAAACCGGACACUUACCUGGCUACUAUUGAGGCUAUCUAUUAUUUCCUCAAAGACUUCCACCAGCACUGCCUCAGUCAGGAGUACACUGGAGAAUAUGACAAUCUGCUGUUUUUCUACUCCUACCUGCAUUCACUGAUCAACAGAGCCAAAGCUUCUGCUGGAAAGUCCUGAUGAAAGGUGUGUGGAAAGAACGUCGGCUGCAUGUGACUGAGUGGGAGUCUAAUUAACAGUUAAUUUAAAAGCCUGUGUGUAUUAUUUGAUCUGAUUUUCCAUUGCUUGAACAUUUUAUGUUAUAUGGAAGGCUGACAUCACUUUGCAUAAGAAUAUGCAAUAAAACCCAGAUUUCACAAUUUA